GUCCUUGAAGGGCACCAGCACCUCAGCUCCUGAUUUGUCUAGACCUAUUCAGUGUUGGCGGUGAUGGUGACUUCUAACUUACCAGGCUGAAUUUUCUGAUUUGAUCGAAUCAAUGAAGCACUGGAAUUGGACGGCAUCGAUCUUCAUGGUGAAGUGGGAGAACAGUCAUCGCACCAAACCGCCGGUGUGGACCAUUGCAGUGCUGCUGGUUUGAAUAGGAGAACAUUACUCAGUUGUAGUGCUGCAGAUGAUGGCGUGCACCAGCGUGGAGCUGCAGUGCAGAAUGAUACAACUCGAGAUGAUCAUCGCAUUAUUAGCAUUAUGACCUGCACAACGUACAUUCCCAAUUUGCUAUGCCACCUCCAAUAAGACGUUCGCCAAUAUUGGGCCGUGACCCUUUAUUGCAUUGUCCAAUGUGAGCAGUCGGCUUCUUGUGUGUGCAAGGGUACCAAUGGGCAGCGUCCCAAGUAGUGUUCGGAGUGUCCUUGGAUAUCGCCAACGCCGCCGUCGACACCAUGGACGAGUUCAUCCCGUAGGCUGUUGCGAUGCCAACCCCGCCAGCCCAAUCAUCAUCGUCAAUGGUGAUGAUGGUGCGGGUGAAGAAGGGUUCGGUAACAAUGGCUUGACAGCAACUGCCCGGCACCAAGUGUUCCAACUUGCCACCAGCCGAUCACUGGAGCUAUUCCGCUCGCCUGACGGUGGUGCUGGUACUGGUGUUGCUGGCGAUAACCUGGAUGGUGCAUAUGCCCAGAGUUUGUGGGACCUGGUGGAUGGCACAUCACUGAGUGAUGCUGAGUGUACUGAGCUAUGGUCUCAGUCCACAGCACCGAGCAGAGAGUCGAGGAGCAAUGGCUGGCUUACACUUAGGCUGUUUGUUUGUGCACCCCUACACGAUUUCCAUGCGGAGCGCCGGAGUCUUCAUGACCAUGCCUUUCGCGUUCUUCAACACUGGUGUGAAGUGGAGCACAUCCACCUCAUCAUUGUUGACUUAUUUUCUUCCCUGGACAAGGAACCAACAAGUUCUGCAUAUCUACAGCUCUGCAUGGAGGAAAUAGACAGAUGCACCGAGGAUGGCGUACCAACACUCUUUCUGGGCUUGAUGUCCGAAACACUUGGCUGGAUUCCAGAAAGAAAUGAUGUACCCCCUGCUGUGGAGAAGCAGUUUGGCUGGAUACAUGGCCUCUCGCUGCUGGAGAUGAUGUGCGUGCAUGCCGUAUACCGGAACAAAUCGCCCAACGCUCUGUUCCUGUUCCGCGACCGUAGCUUUUUAGACAGCCUGCCUGAAGCAGCGCGAGACUGCUAUGAAGAUGUUUACAUGCAGGCCGGCGUGAAACACUUCAAACACAAGCUGAUGGAGCGCUUUCCGGAACAAGUGAUAACAUACAAGUGUUCAGCCUCAGUGCAGUCCCAGCCAGCGGGAGGUGACAGUACCGGCAGUGUCAGCCCAGAUCAAGGUCACAGCGCAGGCAGCCCCACCAGCUGCUGCAGCAGCAGGCAUUUAGCACUGGAAGGACUGAAAGUCUGCGGCAACCAUGUGCAGUCGUUCUUCAAAGCGAGAAUUCGCAAGCAGUUCCAGACAACGGCCGGUAUGGAGAGUCCAACAGUGGACAUCAUGGAGAGGUAUUGCAAACAACAGAAUGAAGAGCUCUCCCGCAAUGUGACAGACUACAUAAGCCGGCCAAUACUGCCGCAUCUCAAGGCAGUUGAACGACAGGUUCAAGCUUACAUAAAUCAGGGAGGUCCGUCGCCACUGCUGAUUUGCUCGCCAUACCCAGGAUGUGGCAAAACUGGAGUACUGUCACACUGUGUACGUCAGCUGCUGAAGAACACCGGACAUCUAUACACCAUGCAUGGACAACGAGGGCAUCUUCAGGCCUCACUGUCCUCCAUGAUCGAGGCUGGCAAGAGCUCGGCCGUGUUCUACCACUUUUCUGGUGCUCAGCCUCGUUCCAGAGACUUGACAGUGCUGCUGCAACGCAUCUGGGACAUCUCGGAGCUGCACAGGUUUCACCUUGGGAAGUUACCAUCUGACUUGACACAGCUUGCACUGCAAGUGGCUGAGCUGCUCGGUAAACGCUCAGCAGAACGCCUCGUCAUUUUCAUCGACCAACUUGACCAGAUCAAUGACUCCCAGAGCAACUACUUGCAAAAGUGGCUUCCUCGAAAUCUGCCGGAAAACUUGCGCCUCGUUUUGACAUGUAGUCAAAGGGAGACGAACAACAAAUGUUGGAAGGUUGUUCGAUCGCACUAUCCACAGGCCGAGGUCAUUCAGCUGGAGAUGCCCCGUCGGCAGGACUGCCUCAGCAUGGUGCGUCACCAGCUGCCCCAGUCCCUCUGCUCUCGUCUCGGCGCUACCAAGCUGUACGAGUUCAUCGACAUGAUGGAAGACCGGACGCCAAUGGCGGUGACGGAGGCCUGCCGUCAACUGUCGUCAUUCUACAUGGCCAAUACGGAUGCCGGCCUGCUGGAGCUGGAGCAAAGAAUGGAAACCAUAGUGCAUAAUGAUUUGGUCGGGAUGCUUACCGAUGGACUUGUGGAGCUGGAGCUGCUUCCCGAGUUUCCCAAAGUGUUGAUUGCUGCAACGAUGUGUUUGCUGCACUGCUCAAGGUCUGGCCUUCUGGAGUCCGAGCUACUGAAGAUGCUGGGUGCUGCGUGCGCCACUACAGCUCCAGCGAACACCAGCCACCACCACCACCACCAUCGGCAACUCACUGGCAGACUGAAGGCUAGCAAGGGCAAGUUCUCAUCUGAAAGUGAUGUUGCACGGCUAUCAGGUGAGGCGAGGAGCCCAAGCUCUGCCGACGAAGUAAGAGAGGAUAAUGACAUGCCCCUGCCGAACUCUCCCAUCAGUGGAGCUCACCCGCUCAGAGCUGUGCCAGAGCAGAGUGAUUCCGGGAGGAUAGAGGACACGAUCGGCGAUGAGGAGGACCAUGGCCAAUCCCAGCAGAGUAUUCCGGAAAGGUCUCAGCAUCAGAGUGUCCAUACAAGUACCGAUGACAACAUCAACUCAGGUGAUGGUAGCACGGAACUGCCACCACCGGGAUCUGUACCUAGGUCGAGACAGCGGAGCUACAACAGUGACCAGAUGCAGGCAUUUCUCGAAGGCAUGCCGCAGCAGCGUAGGAGAAUGUCAAUGCCGGCGGCGCGAUCAACAUCGGCACUGACUGUUGGCCACCGCAUCUCCUCUUCACUGCAGACAGGACUCGACAGAACUGAUGAAGUGGGCGACGAGCCGGAAAACACACAGCCGUCGCCAUCAGGGUCCGGGACACAAGCACGCACCAUGCCUCAGUCAGCCAGAGUGCCUGGACUUGUUCACUCCGACUGGCACAUCGACCGCCUCGGUGAGCUCAGCUCACGUGCAUCGUUCCAAUCACGAUCUACGCAGCAAAACCCUGACACGUCUUCUAAUGCUGCUGGGACUGGCACUGCUGCUAGUGCUGGUGCUGGCAUGCGACGGCGCUAUCCGUACAUGAGCAAGAGCCGAUACGACAAGCGCUCUCUGUUCCAGCAGCAUCCGCCGCCGCCACCACCCGACUUGCCGUCUCUGGUGUGGGCCAGUCUGCUGCGGCACCUGCGCCCGUGGAUACGACGUGUUGGAGAUCGUGCGGAAGCCAGAUGGGCCAUAUCCCACACAGUCUACCACGACGUUAUCCAGGCGUACUACUUCAGUCGAAGUCCGUCCGACAGGCAAGAGUUCCCGUUCUACUUGAACUCGCCUGAAUUCUACAAUGCCGCCAACAGCCACUUUGGCCAGUCGCAGCAACACACCGUCACCACCCUUGCUCACAGGAGAGCAAGUCAGUUCAAUUUACACCUAGCUCACAAAGGCGUGGAGCCAGUCCAGGAUGCAGAACACGGGGAAAAAGAGGAUGCGUUUGAUAGAAACGAACAGAAUGGAGCAGCAGUCACACAGACAAUAUACGGCGCACAGCACAGCAACCAUAAGCAGUUGGCUCGACAGCGCUACGGCUGGUGGCACGAGCGACUGGCUGGUUUCUUUGAAGAAACGGACGACGAAGAGCGGCGAGCUGAGGAACUGCCAUUUCACCUUGAGGAGACGUGCAAUGUGACACAGCUGCGGCGUUGUCUAAGUCGAUGGCCGACGUUCACCAGGAUCUUCAAUCCGCACGACCUCGGGAUUCUUCUCUACUGUUGGAAACAGGCAGGUGGGGCAGGUGCUGCCGUUGUUGAGUAUCGGCGUGAACUGGAGGACAUGCAGAAGAAGGCCAGCACAGUGGAGGCGGCAUUCCAGCAUACCAAGUGUGCUCAGCUGAUGUUCUACAUGGGUGGUCUAGAGGAGGCAGAGCUACUCUUGAAGGAGGCUCUGGAGUUGUUAGAUGUGGAUGGCUUGCCUAAGGAUAUGGCAACAGUUCACCUAGCCCUGGCAGAGGUCUACCAUGCCAAGGUGCAGAAUAUGGAUGUGCCGACUGAUGAGAUCAUGGCCACCCAAAUGCAUUUGCCUGGCUUUGAGCAGCAGCUAAGUUCAGGAACUGUGGCUGAAGGUCACAUGAUUGACACUGCCACAACGCAUCCGUUUGUUGUGUGUGCACCAGAUGAUGAUGGCAUGACAGGUUUCUCAUCAGAGCUGACCAGUUUUGAUCGCGGAGGCACAAGUGCUCAUCCUAGAGUGGAGAUGAGUUCAGACAGCAGCGACGAUAAGUGGGCAACCUACCACAAGCAACUCAAGCAAUCGAUGCAACUUGCUGCCGCUGAAAUAAGUCAAAAGGCGCUCGCUGAGGCACAGAAGGCAGUGGAUCUUAUCCAGACCGCCCUGCCGUCGUUUCUUCAGUUACCCCGCCGCCACCACCAUGCCCGCCACGGCAGCGACGCUGGAAUCAGCAGCACGAGCAGCAGCCGCAAGUCCAGCAUUAUCGUGUCGCGGCGUGACAGUCUGGGAGGAAUUUCCCCAACGCCAGUGUUACCAAUGCCGUUGUCAAACCGAUCAGGUCACGACUGGUGGCCAGGUGGGGAGCAUCCUCACAGCAGCUCAGACCGAGACAGCGAGAGAGGACUGCUGCUGAUGGCGCGAGCAUCCACGCUGCUCUGCAAGCAUAGUCAGCAGCUGUCGACAAUCAAAUCGAAUGAUGGCAGUGACGAAAGGCCGAAGUACCUUCAGCUUUCACAACGAGCGGCAAACCACUGCCUGGACACGUACCAGAAGCUGGGCGAUGUUCCGCACCAAAUUGAGGCACUCAUCGAACUCGCCACGGCGUCCUCCAUGGCUGCAAUCACAACACGGACGGGCGAUUCCGCGAGUCGUGCGGCUGCACCGGGCCACCAGGCGUGUGAACUUCGGAAUGCCAGACAGCAGCUAGAAGAGGCCCUGUCCCUAGCCGUGCAGCACAUUGGAGAGGAUCACCAGCUCACCUCGCAGGUGCAUCAUCAUCUUGCCAUGGUGCUGCAGUGCCAGGGCGAGCGCUCCGCCUCGUUGCAGCACUACCGUCGCUGGGCAAGCAUAGGCAGUCGCCUCUACGGCACAGAUCACCCAGUAGUGCGCAGAAUUCACACUAGUCAAUGGAGUUCCGCUGAUGGCACUCCUUUAGCCGCAGGUUCCAGUGGUCAGAAAAUCAACGGACAGCAGUAGAUGAGAGAUAGUUUGAAAGUUACAUGAGUGUACUUGAUAAAACGUUCCCGGCACCUAUUACACUCAUGGCCGCUUGAAUCUUCCCGACUGAUGCAUUUAGUCUAUUAUUCGAUUUCUUGCCAUCUUCUUCAAGUGAGGAAUGUAUCGCCAUUACACGUUCUGAUUUGGGGACCGGUACAAGGAUUUUAAUUUAUUAUUGAACACAGCUUGAAGCGUGCAGGUUCGGACCAGCUGGAUCUGGUGCCGACUGUGCUCCACCAUUUGCUACCAGCCGUAAAUUGCAAUGUACACGGAGACUUUCCCUGACCCGAAUGACAAAGAAGACUCGAACUGAUAGCGUAAAUUCUUGAAAAACAUUCCUUGUGUCUGCAAACAUGCGAAGUACCUAUUCUUUUGCUUCUGUGUCCUAAGUUAGUUUUCUGUGCACUCUAAAAGGCGUUUCAAAAAGGAACAGUUUCAGUAAAUUCAA